UUCCUGCCCGGCCCGGUGAAGGCCCUGCCGGGCGGCGGCAACACCAACGGCAUCCGAGCCAUGGUCGCUCUGGAGAACCCGGAGGGCGGCCCGGAGGUGGCGACGGCGGAGGGCGCCCCGGGCGGGCGGCGGCUGCUGCCUCUUCCGGGCUGUCUGCCCACUCUGGCCAGCUCCCAGGUGAAGAGACUUUCGGCUUCCAAGCGGAAGCAACACUUCAUCAACCAGGCGGUGAGGAACUCAGACCUCGUGCCCAAGGCCAAGGGGCGGAAGAGCCUCCAGCGCCUGGAGAACACCCAGUACCUCUUGACCCUGUUGGAGACAGACGGGGGCCCGCCUGGCCCGGAGGACGGGGACUUGGCACACCCCGCGGCACCAGGCAUCUUCGCGGAGGCCUGCAACAAUGCCACCUACAUGGAGGUCUGGAACGACUUCAUGAACCGCUCCGGGGAGGAGCAGGAGCGAGUCCUCCGCUACCUGGAGGAUGAGGGCAGGAGCAAGGCCCGGAGGCGUGGUCCUGGCCGCGGGGAGGACCAGCGGAGAGAGGACCCGGCCUACACGCCCCGCGAGUGCUUUCAGCGCAUCAGUCGGCGUCUGCGAACCGUGCUCAAGCGGAGCCGCAUCCCCAUGGAGACACUGGAGACCUGGGAGGAGCGGCUGCUCAGGUUCUUCUCCGUGUCCCCCCAGGCCGUGUACACGGCCAUGCUGGACAACAGCUUCGAGAGGCUCCUGCUUCACGCUGUCUGCCAGUACAUGGACCUCAUCUCGGCCAGUGCAGACCUGGAGGGCAGGCGGCAGAUGAAAGUCAGCAAUCGUCACCUGGACUUUUGGCCACCAGGGCUGCUCCUGUCUGCCUACCUGGAGCAGCACAGCUGAUGGCGACCCCGGUGUCCCUGCCUGCCACCACGCCCGGCGCCAAGACCUCUGACACCUUCUGCUAAAGCAUCUUUAAUAUUUUUAGAAUUCGUCCCUGGAAACCUCUUUCCCUUGGGGUGGUCUCUCUCACCUUCACCCCCUCCUCACCCAGCUCUCAGCCAUCAACACUGGCGGCGGCUGGGACUGCUCAGACCAUCCCAGCCACGUGGCGCCACCCCGCUCUGGGACUUCUAUUUGGGUGGGGAGACCGGACUGGGCACUUCCAUGUUUCUUCUUUGUGUAGCUUUUUUGGCCCAGUGUGAAGCUCAAGUGAGGAGGGAGAGGCUGGGUUUUUAUCGCUUUUAAUGACUUUGAUGUGAUUUGUUGUAGAUUUUUAAAUUCCCCUUUUGGAGAAAAAAACCAAAAACUUGCCUCAUCUGGUAAAUCAUGGGACUUGGUCCCAGCCCUUGUUAGACCCCUCCCAGUUUUUAGCUUGAAUGGUGAUGGUGGGGGUCCCUGGGACACUGGCCAUCACCCCAGGAGCAUCUUGUCUCGUGUGUGUGUAUGUGUGUGUGUGUGUGUGUGUGUGUGUGUACUCGAGCGUACCCUGCGACCUAGGGCAGAAGCUGCGUCUUAAGGGCUGGUUUUAUCCUCUUUUUGUUCUGUGAGUCCUCCCUCGGCCCCCUCCUUUGGCAGCUCUCGGGAUCCCACCUGCUCUCCAUCUCCUCAUCCCUCCCUUCCUCCCCCUCCCUGCAUUCUAGGGUGCAGGACUUCCAGCCAGAAGCCUCUGCCCUUAGACUGUCCCGUCCCCUCCUUGUGUCCCCUCCAUCCCCCCAGCCUGGCUUUGGCCUGAUAGCUGGUUCCCUGGCUUGGGCCACUGCAGCAGGCCUGGGGGGUUCCCUGCCCCCUUGCUGUGUGUGGGUAGUUGUGCUUUGGGAGACUGUGGAGCGUUCAAUAAAUUUCUGGUGCUCUGGC